AAAUUGUUAUCCUGCGCCUCCAAUGCUCAUCCCUUACCGAAAUGCCUCGUGUCAGCCGGAUGUCUUGCGCUGAUCCAUCUCCCAGUUCCCCCCCUACACGCGCAGACAGGAAAAGCAUCCUUUUCUUCCAAGGAACCAUUACCCAGUGUCCUACGGUUUACUGCCACGCUGAGAGGCUAUGCUGCAGACAACUAUGGCGAUAGGGGCUCAAGGUUCAGCAUCCUUUGUGCCUCCCAACUUUCCCCGAAGUACUUGGGAAUGGUCGCUGGUAGUAAUUAUUGAGUCUUCCCUUUCUCGUAUUUUCCGGGUGUUUCUCGCCUGCUUAAGUCGGAGCAGUAUGUACUACAUCAUAUUUCAUCAAUUGGGUUUAACCCCUUACUCAAAACCAGGAGGGUGAAUUUUCUUAUAUUUACCGGCAACUUGCUGCGUUGAUUAUUCUUGGUCAUUCUAUUCCCAUCGUCUUAUAAAGGGAUCGCGCGUUGACCCUUCAUUCAUCAUGUCACUCUUCCCCUUUGACGAUAAGGAGUCAAAGAAGAGCGAGGAUCGAAAGCCUAGCGAUGCCCCUCCAGCAUAUACAGAAGAGAAUGAAACCCAAGGCGGACCAAGCCAUGCUGCUGCUCCAUUCGAUCUCGCUGCGAGACUGGGAAGUCUCGACCUGGCGUCGUCGCCAGCUUCUCCAACAUCGUCCCAGUGCAUCGCACACUUGAAAUUCCUCCAAGCUCUGUACCACCUCCGCCAAGAUGUCAUAACGAAGGUCGGUCUAUUUGGCAUCAAGGGAUCAGCCCACGAGGAUGGUGAGAUCGCCGAGUGGGAUCCUACUCCAAAGUAUGGCGACAAGAGCGGUGCCGAGCCGCGGGCUAAAGUCCGCGAAAAGAGAUGGGAGAUAUACGUCUCCAGAGCCGUUGACCGAUUCACCGCGUGGUGGUAUACUCAGAUCCCUACUACAUAUAAAGGGGCGCGGUGCGGAAUGCUAAAACGUGGAAAUAUGGUAGACCCACAGGGCCUUGAAAAUAUUGCGUUGAAGGGGUUUCCAAUCGUCCAGCUGGCCAGUCCCGAUCAAUUGCCCCCUCUCGAUGCAGAUGUACUUAUGGUUUGGCAUUCCUACAUGCUCAAUCCGAGAAAUUUCUUCGAGGACUGUUUUCGUUCCGGAAAGAUGGACUUCUACGCCACACCUUUCCCAUGGCAGUCCAUCUGUGCUGUGAUUGAUAACCUGGCCUUUGACUACAAGCCGUCGGGAACCGCACAAGCGCAUUGGGAAUCAUCGACAGGGCUGCGGUGGGACAACCUUUAUGAUUCAUUCACGAAACGAAUCCGUUGCCCAAAGUGCAACCAAGCGAACGAUGUCCCUUGGACCGCGGGCGCAGGCUUGACUGGGUAUGACGGUAGCUUCAAGCCAGGGUAUGGAUAUGCGGACCAACUGUUUGGGACUGCUUGCUAUAAUUGCAACACCGCGAUCAAUCAUGACCUUCUACGGGUCACGAAGUUCAGGCGGGAUGUUCAGAAUCUCGUGAUGUACGACAUUCCCAUGCCUGGAACGAUCUUGGACACAAAUGGGAAGCCGCCGAAAGUUUCCAUCCGGAUAUUCGGGACCCCCCUCCCUCCACCUAACGACUUUCCAUCUUCAAUCAUCAAGGCGGGAUUGCAUCGGGAAAUCAUGGACUCUACGAAUCCUUCGCACGGGAGCGCUUCAAUGGAAGUAAUUAAGACAACUUUUGAGACCAGUGGCUUGCGAGAUAAAUUCCUCCUCAGUCAAAGUACAGCUGGAAAUCGCGCUUGGACCACAAAAGAGGAGCGCAUAGCAGUUCGCCGCAUGAUGAGCCGAUACUGGCAUAACAGCUCGCCUUUCGCGCUGGACCUCGUUGGUGCUGUGGUCCGCCAGGGCGACUUUGUUGACAAGAUGAAUAACAUCGAUUGGAUCCACUCACCAGCCCUGAGUUCCACCAUGGUCCGACUUUUGAUGAAGUACGGUCGCUUCAUCACCAUCAUGGCGAAUCACCCCGGUCGAUGUGCGGUCCCGACCCUUGACAUCGACCUCGCGUGGCACACCCACCAGCUCUCCCCCCAAUCGUAUUACCGGUUCACAACCACCCUCACCGGUCAGUUUAUCGAUCACAAUGACAAGAUCGAGGAGAAUGAUCUCCACGGAGCCUUCACCUGGACCAGCAAAGUCUACCAAGAACUGUACGAAGAACCGUACUCCGAAUGCACCUGCUGGUAUUGCGAAGCAGUCCGAGAAUCGCACAGCUCUUUGCUCGACCGUGUCUUCAAACCAGGGAAGCAUGCCGCCCUCGACAACCUACAUGACGCCAACGGUGAUCCGACCGUAGCGAGCAAUCCUCUCCUCUCGCCGCACAUCUCCGCCCAUAAUGCCGUGCGCACGGAAAAUACUGAUGUAGCAACCCGGGUCGAGCAUGCGCGGAUCGAGGCGAACUACAAUAAAGCAUGUCGACGGGCGAAGAAAAAGGGGCAUAAAGAGCCGGAACGAGUUACAUAUUAUGCCGCGUACGCCUGGGGAUAUCCGGUCUAUAUGCCAAUCUACUAUCCGUAUGCUGUGGAUCCAGCAUACGCAGGAAGUGGGGCGGUUUACCCGGCUGAUCCAGCUUAUGUCGCGACCGGGGCGGGAAAUUAUGGUGCUUGUGCUGCAGGGACUUGCGGGGGGCUUGUAGCGAGCGGUGGAUGUGGGGCUAAUGGUUACAACGGGGGUUGCGGCGGCGGCGUAGGGGGCGGUUGCGGAGGCGGCGGGGGCGGGGGAGGAGGCGGUUGCGGCGGCGGAGGAGGGGGUGGUUGUGGCGGCGGAGGAGGGGGUGGUUGUGGCGGCGGCGGCGGCGGCGGGGGCGGGGGCUGCUAA